AAGGCAUGAAAAUGUCCCGCACGUUAUGGAGCUUAUGAAAGUUAUUUUAUAACAUUUACUUGCUGCUGAUAAGAACGCAUUCCAAAGCAGAACAAAGCAGGUUUCCACGAUGAGCAGCAGGAGGAAACGAGCGCCGCCGGCGCGCAUGGAUGAGGAGGCCAAGAGGAGACUGGAGUGGAAUAUGCAUGAAGAUCGGAGAAAUGAAGGAGAUUGUAAAGACAUUCUGGAGUCAAUCCCAGCACCGUCUGACAUCUGUCAUCUUGGACCAGUUCUUGAGAGCAGCCAGAACCAGGAAGAGGCAAACCAGGUUUUUAUAUCUUCUGCAGGCACAGAAGAAGGACCAUCAGAAGAGCGUCCAAGCUGCUCCACACAGGAUUCUCUUCCAGAUACCAUAGAAUUGAAUGUAAUGCCAAUUUCUGCUCUGGAUCAAGGGUGGAAUGCACUGAUUGGAGAGUUGAACCUGUAUCCAAAGAUUCCCAUUGGGCUUGGAGACGGUUCCUUCUGCCUGCAGCAAACAGGUGAUAGACUAAGUUUGAGUCUGAAUAGUCUUGAGUUGGAGGUUGAGACCGGCAGAAGUGAUCCUGUCAGCCGUGUGCCGGUUGAAUGUUCAUUUGGUGGAAUUUUGCUGGAAGAUCUGGAUUGGCUACAGAAGAGGAAGGUCAUUCAAUUGUGCCACGCAUCAGGAGAUGAAUCAGUAAAGCUGAACAUUUUUCUUCUUGAAUCGGGAUUGGGCAGACCAGAAUUCCUCGGUGAAGGAAAUGGGCGCAUUAAAAAAGCCAAUCAGCUUCUGCAGAAAUUAAUGGAAUUCUUCUACGACUUCAUCAUUCCUGGUAAUCUACACCUGAUCCGAGAGUUUCCCCUGGCGGGAGUGGACUGGCCUGGUGGGAUCCUUGCUGAUGAGAUGGGACUUGGGAAAACCGUGGAAGUACUGGCCCUUAUUCUGUGUAACACCCGGCUAAACCUGGAGCAUGGCAUUCUCACUUUACCUGUGGGGCGAUCUGUGAAUUACUUUGUCCCUCCUCCACCAUUAGAAAGACAACGAAACAUUAAACAUGAGAUCAGACCCAAGGAGAAGAUCAUUUAUCCAGCUGUUCGUGAGAUGCUAUUGACUGCAAUUAAGGAAAUGAAGGUUGGAAAAGGAGCGUCAAUCAAUGCCAUUUUUGCUUAUCUACGGACCAUGUACAAGUAUGACACCCUAAAGAACCGGAACCACAUAAAGAAAGUCCUGACCAAGCUUAUUCGUGAGAACAUCGUGGAGCAGAUCAAAGGACGAGGACAGCUAGUCGAGGUGAUAACCGAGAAGCUUUGGUGGAAAGGGCCGAAGACGGAACUAAAUUUCAGGAGAGAAGAAGCCAGAAAGGCUUUAAGGAUGACACCUGCUACACUGGCACUGACAUGGUCUUUGCUCUCAAUAUGGACAGUAACUUCUGCUGUGCAGAUUGAAGAAGAAGAACUCAAUGAGACCGUCAUUUGCACCAAAGAUCAGAUGCAAGUUAUCAUUCCCAGUGUGUUUUUUCUGAACAAGGAGCCACCUGUUUCGGUUUGGGAUUUGCACUUGAAUGAUCCUGAUUGUCGAGGUGUUGAGGUUGGGAACGACUAUGUCUUCAGCAUCAAGACCAACCUCACAGACUGCGGCACCAUUAUGAACUGCUCUGCUGAAGAUGCAUCAGUACGGACACGCAGGGAUGUUGCAUCGUCUCACACAGUCUCAUAUGGACCAAUCAGAAGACACAAAACUAACAUGGAGAAUACUAAUCCGAGUUCAGAUUUGCCUCCUGUGGAAACCUUCGUGUUGGGUGGUCUGCUGUUCAUCCUGAUUGUCAUCACAGGAGUUUUAGGGAAACUCUGGCUGCAGAGCAGAAACUCGUAUCCGACCCAAGAGGCCCAGCUCACUCUCUCCAACAUCCACCAUAUCUCAGAAGUGGCCAGCUAACGUGGGUUCUCAUAUACACACAGUGUUGUGUGAAUUGCGUUCAGUUUGAAAGUUUUGUCUGCUAACCUGUAGUGCAUUUUUUAGUAGUUGUUCUUUUU